AGCUGUAACAGUUCCGCGGUGACUGUGCCUUUUCUUUUUGCUUUUCUAAACCUCGGGCAGCAUUCGUCGGCUGAGGUUUGUCAGAACAUCUGGAUAUUUACAUCACCAUGGACGUGGACGAGAAUCCUCCUGAGGCCCUUCACCCCACCUGCUGCCUGGCUUCCGAGGGGACGUUGAGAGAGAUUGAGGUCAACUUGCUGGAGUGUAAAGUCUGCUUUGAAAUGUUUGAUUCUCAACAGAAGCUGCGGAGGCCGCAGAACCUGUGCUGUGGCCAUGUGCUGUGUCAGGAGUGCAUCACGGCCCUGGCCCACCCUCUCCUCAGGAAGCUGGAGUGUCCAUUCUGCAGACAGCUGUGCAGCGUUGAUGGGACCUCCCAGUGCCAGGUGCUCUGUGACCUGCAGGAGCUGAUGUUGCCCCGGAGCCCCUCAUCCUCUGCCUCUCCUCCCUGUGCAAAAAAAAUUGACGGUUGCUUAGCCUCAAACGUGAAAUUAACCGCCACCCUGCAACUCAGCUGUGCAUUUGGUGGCUGGGGUACUCUCAUCAACCCUACUGGGAUUGCUGCUUUGGGAUCUUCUGGGACUUUAGUUGUGGUGCACGAUGGGGAGAAGAGGAUUGUGGUUUUCAACCAACAAGGAAGGAAGCUGAACAGCUUUGGGCGAAGAGGAAAAGCCAGUAGCAGGAUUUGCUACCCAAUGGAUGUAGCAGUGGCUCCCAAUGGUUAUGUGGUGGUGACGGAUGCGGGGGAUAAAGCCGUGAAGGUUUUCUCCUCCAGGGGGAAUCACGUGUUAACGGUGAAAGACAUCUUCCAGCUACCCUGGGGGGUGGAUACAGACAGCUGUGGGAGCAUCCUGGUCUCGGAUGAUCGGGCUGGUACACUGUCCCUGGUAAAAGUGGACUAUGGUCUUGGCAUGAUUGCGCAUCAUCAAACAGCCAUCUCAGACCUGCAUUGUCCCAGAGCAGUGGCCUGCUGUCAGGUAACUGGAAACACUGCAGUGAUGGAGCACCCCGCUGAUGUUGCACAUCCAACAGAGAGACACCAAUACACGAGACUGAAAGUGUUUACAAAAGACUUCCAUCUCAUCUACCAGACGGACAGCUUUAGCCUGAACCUGCAGUCCACAGUGAGGCUCAGCAUGUCGGCUGUGGUUUUUGACGGAGACGGAGAUGUGAUUGUGACUGACUCCAAUCAGGGGUUGGUUUGUAGUUUGGGGAAGCUCCAGAAUGGUCCAAUUAUAACUCCUCUUGUGGGGAACCAUCUCAUCCGACCAGUUGGACUGGUUUUACUGAACAACAUGCUCAUCGCCCUGGAUGCUGGUGACCAUACGGUGAAGAUUUAUUCUUCUAAACAAGAUACCAGCCCUACAAGUUAGCUUGUAUGUGAAGAAACUCAACGUAGGAUGUACUUUGAGUUUCUUCACACGGGGUACUGAUGAGAGAAAUUCCAUUCAUCAAUAAUCCGCAUAUAUUCCUAUUCAGAGUUACAGGGAUCUUUUUGGGCAAAAGGUAGCUGUUCAGCCGGGACAGGUCACCAGUCCAGGGAGGGUAAUGUGUGAAAAAUUAAAUAACAUUAAGUGAAAAUGUCAUAAAUAACAAAUGUCACUGUACUUUUGUUUUUUUCCCCGUAUAAUAAAAUCAAUGCAUUUUC